AUGGAAAUGGAUCUAAUGAGCUCUCAUUUGAAUGGCGCCGAUGAGGUUGAACCUAACAACGUAAACAACCAAAAAAAUCACAGUGAGACGUAUUUCAUUUUGAGAAAUAAGGAACUGGCAUGGCAGUCAGAACAGAACGUGAUAGCACUUAGACUGUUAGAGGCAGCACGGCACAUCUCAGCUAAUAUAAUUCCCAAUGUGGUCCUCGGAAGAAAAAGUUACCUACCCUGUCUUAAAAGCAUCCAAGUUCCAGGUAAGAUUAUCGAAGAAUGCAACAAAAUGAUUUUGAAUUUAAAUUCAGACAGGUACACCCCACCCACACAAGCAUCUGCAAACAUGAACAUAAAUACUGAUGGCAUCACUAACACUUGCACACAACAAUACAAGGAAGCAUCUAAUGUAUAUGAUGGCAUGGCUACACCAGUUUACUGCUAA